AUGGCGGGUCUCGCAUGCCCGUCGACCACACUCUUCGUCCCGGUUCCGAAGAACCAUCAUUUGUCCAAAUCCGUUCACUUAAAAAACGCGUCUCACGAAAAAUGCGCGGGUCCUCCCUCCGGACCUGCCGGGAGUUGCGCAUUUCGCGUGGCGGCGGCUCACUCCCGGGCGCGAAACAACGUGGGGGCGGUGAAAACCGUGCGCCUGACUCUGCCUCUUACACGUGACGGCGGUCCCUCCCGGCCGGCCGGGAGUUGUCACGUCCGCGUGGCGGGGGUGAAAUGCGCGGCGGCGGGGUCCCUCCCGACCGGCCGGGAGUUGUCACGUCCGCGUGGCGGCGGGUCCCUCCCGGCCGCACGGACGCGUGGCGGCGGUGAAAAGCGUGCGCCUGCAUGGCACUGUCCGGAGCUCCAGGCCUCCAGGGACACACUCCCGGCUCUCUACCCGGGGAAGGUGAGCCUUUCCCGGGCUAAACUAUUGAGGCUGGGGGCCUCCUGGCUCCGGUGCUCCGGAGCUCCGGGCCUCCGGGACACACUCCCUGCUCUCUACCCGGGGAAGGAGUUUCUUCGGAACCACAUCAGGAUCACGUCGUGGGUCACCAAAUUGUCAGCUCUGAACUUUAAGAAAGAGGCAGAGUUCUCAGACACAGGUGUACCGCCCCAGUCAAACUCCCCACCUGCCACUGUCCCCGGAGCGGGUCACGCCCGGCGGGGCCGGGCGCUUGACGCCAGAAGCGAGAGCCCGCUCGGGGCUCGCCUCCCCGCCUCACCGGCUCAGCCCCAGCGCCUGCGCCUGCUCCUGCGCUCUCUCUCCCCGCGCUCGGGCGCUCUCUCCCCGGACGCGGGGGGCUCGGACGGGGCGCUCCCUCCGCUGGUGGGACACGAGUCGGUGGCGCUGGAGAAGCUGCUCUCCGUCGGGGGGGAGGAGGAUGGGCUGCUAGGGAGAGAGAGGAAGCGGGCAGAGGGAGAGAGAGAGAGAAGGAGGGACCGGCUUCUGCACCUCCAGCGUUCACUCAGCAAAGGUGUGGAGUCAGAGUCUCGUGGACGCACACACAGUCAGCCGCUGGCGAGCCCCCUGGAGCACAGAGCCGACUCGUACGUGGCGCUACCUCAGGGCGACCUCCUGCCUCCCUGCAAACUGCACCACGUCACCGAGAAAGUGACUCAGGUCCUGAGUCUCGGGGCCGACGUUCUUCCCGAGUACAAACUGCAGACUCCCAGGAUCCACAAAUGGACCAUUCUGCACUACAGUCCGUUCAAAGCCGUGUGGGACUGGGUCAUUCUGCUGCUCGUCAUCUACACCGCCAUCUUCACGCCGUACUCCGCCACCUUCCUGCUCAGUGACCAGGAGGAGGCGGCGAUGCAGACCUGUGGAUACUCCUGCUCUCCUCUCAACGUCGUGGACUUCAUCGUGGACAUCAUGUUCAUCGUCGACAUCGUCAUCAACUUCAGGACCACCUACGUCAACUCCAACGAUGAGGUGGUGAGUCAGUCGGCUCGGAUCGCGGUUCAUUAUUUCAAGGGUUGGUUCCUCAUCGACAUGGUGGCCGCCAUCCCCUUCGACCUGCUCAUCUACAGGUCCGGAGAAGAGGUGGCCCGAGGAGGAGCCGAGGGAGAGACGACCACCCUGAUUGGCCUGCUGAAGACGGCGCGGCUGCUGCGAUUGGUCCGCGUGGCCAGGAAGCUGGACCGAUACUCGGAGUACGGCGCCGCGGUGCUGUUCCUGCUCAUGUGCACCUUCGCCCUCAUCGCGCACUGGCUCGCCUGCAUCUGGUACGCCAUCGGGAACGUGGAGAGAGCGACCUCUGCUGGUAUCGGCUGGUUGGACACUUUGGGCGAUCAGCUGGGGAAGCCGUACAACGAGUCCGUGGGCAGCUCAGGACCCUCCAUCAGAGACAAAUACGUGACGGCGCUUUACUUCACCUUCAGCAGUCUGACCAGUGUGGGCUUCGGAAACGUGUCCCCCAACACCAACUCAGAGAAGAUCUUCUCCAUCUGCGUCAUGCUCAUCGGAGCUCUGAUGUACGCCAGUAUCUUCGGUAACGUCUCGGCGAUUAUCCAGCGGCUGUACUCGGGCACGGCGCGGUACCACGCUCAGAUGAUGAGGGUCCGAGAGUUCAUUCGCUUUCACCAGAUUCCAAACCCGCUGAGGCAGAGGCUGGAGGAAUACUUCCAACACGCCUGGUCCUACACCAACGGCAUCGACAUGAACGCGGUGUUGAAAGGUUUCCCUGAGUGUCUUCAGGCCGAUAUCUGUCUCCAUCUGAACAGGACUCUGCUGGAGAACUGUAAGGCCUUCAAAGGGUCGACUAAAGGCUGCCUGCGCUCUUUGGCCAUGCGCUUCAAGACGACCCACGCGCCUCCGGGGGAUACGCUGGUCCACGCGGGCGAUGUGAUCUCUGCGCUCUACUUCAUCUCCAGAGGCUCCAUCGAGAUCCUCAGAGGAGACGUGGUGGUGGCCAUACUGGGUAAAAACGACAUCUUUGGAGAACCCAUAAACCUGUACGCUCUGCCCGGGAAGAGCAGCUCUGACGUGAGGGCUCUGACCUACUGCGACCUGCACAAGAUCCACCGAGAGGACAUCCUGGAGGUUCUGGACAUGUACCCAGAGUUCUCUGAAUAUUUCUGGUCCAAUCUGGAGAUCACCUUCAACCUGCGAGACGCGAACAGUGAAGUGGUUCUGGCUGCAGACGACCCAGAGCUCGAACGAUUCAGAAAAACUCUGUUUGACAGAAAGUUCUCCACACCUGUCACAGGAGACACCAGCGCCGCCCGCAGGCAGAGGGCCUACAGGUGGAGGAGGAGGUUCAGUAACUGGGAGCAGAGGGAGCACAGCAAAGACGAGCAUCGAUACACUCUAUAUGGUCCGGUGUUCUCCAGUGAUGAAGAGGCAGAAGAACCAGAGUUGAACAGUCCAAUUCAGACGACUCUGCUCCACACAGCCCCAAACUGCAGAGGGACGGAGGGAGAGAGGAAGGAGAGAGGGAACGCAAUCACAGAUGCACUGUCAGGCAUGUCCAACAUCUUCACGCUGUGGGGGGAGAGUCAGGAGCAGAAGUACCAACAAGUCCCCUGUGCGCCGAGCCUCCUGUCCCCCACCAGCCCCGAGGAGAAGCCCCAACCUCCAGAAAAACGCCCUCUACCUCAAAAUAACUGCCCCCUCCCUGUAGAAAACCACCCCAAAGCUUCUAGCGCGCCGUCUGCCGUCCCCCCACAGCCUCGCAGUCCCUCCCCGCUGCCCCCCGGUGGUCCUUCUCCCGGCGCGUCCUCAGCCUGCUCCGCGGCGCCCCCUGCCUGUGCCGGCGUGGUCCCACACAGACACAGGGCGGAGAUAGAGCGGAGGCUGGACUCGCUGCAGAGGCAGAUCGGCAGUUUGGAGAGUCGUAUGGCCACAGACAUCGGGACCAUCCUCCAGCUGCUCCAGAAGCAGAUCUCCAUCCCUCCGUCCUACAGCACCCUCAUCUCCUCCUCCGUCGUCGCCUCUCCUCCAGCGGGGGGCAGGGCGUCUCCUGUCGCCUCAUCAGCAGAAGGAGGCGUCGCAGCUCCGUCCUCCUCCCGCUCUCCUCCAGCUCCGGGUUCAGCAGACGUUCACCCUCCUGUACGCUGCGCGAAGAGUCCCCCCUUCCGUAGGCCGCGCGGAGUGUCCACCGUCUCGUACGCCGCGCGGAGUCCACCCUCGUCUCGUACGCCGCACGGAGAGUCCACCCUCGUCUCGUACGCCGCACGGAGAGUCCACCCUCGUCUCGUACGCCGCACGGAGAGUCCACCCUCGUCUCACACGCCGCACGGAGAGUCCACCCUCGUCUCGUACGCCGCACGGAGAGUCCACCCUCGUCUCGUACACCGCGUGGAGAGUCCACUUUCCCGUACGCCGCGCGGAGUGUCCACCGUCUCGUGCGCCGCGCGGAGAGUCUCCCCUCGUCCCGUACGUCGCGCGGGCUACGCCACUAAUCCAGAAUCCAGAAUCCACUAA